UAUACUUGCAAAAAACCUCUCUGGCGGGUUUGUUGUCACCGACUUUUGUUGUAGUGGUCGGGUUGCAUAAGUCUAGAGACUCUGCAACUUCUGAUGGCUUCUCGCUGGGCAGAUCGCCCCAAUGAAACUAGAGUAAGUACAGAUCCGAAUGAAUCUAGCUCAUCUCCUGAGGAGAAUCGAAGUCAUGCAUCUGAGUCUGUGAAUUAUGAAGUUAUUGGGCCGAGGCAAUAUUCAUAUGGUCAACUAGCAAAGGCAACUCAUUAUUUCUCCAACAACUACCUCCUUGGCGAGGGUGGUUUUGGUCAAGUUUAUAAGGCAUUCUUAGAUGGUAAAAUCCGAGCUGUUAAGAAACUUCAAAUUCUUCCGAGCUCGAAAGAAAAUUUGUGUAAUGAGAUUAAGGUCGCUGGCAAAGUCAGUCACAAAAAUCUUGUUAAGCUGGGUGGAUACUGCAUUGACGGAGCCGAUAGAUUGCUUGUUUUCAAGUAUUUUCCUAAUAAGUCCUUGAGGUCUAAAUUACAUGAAACAGAGAUUAUGGACUGGCAAAAAAGAAUGAAUAUCGCCAAGGGCAUUGCAAGAGGAUUGGAAUAUCUGCAUGAACACUGUAAAACUAGAAUCAUACACUUAGAUAUCAAACCAGAAAACAUCCUUCUUGAUGAUAAAUUUGAACCAAAGGUAAGAUAA